AGGGUGGACGCGCUGGACAGCUGGAUGCGCGUGUUCGACUUCUCGAAGUCCGCGGACGAGGACAGCAUCACGGCCGGGGCCAUCGACUAUUCGCAGGACCUGCACUUCACCAUCUUCCGGGCCCGGAAGUCCGCGAGCGUGCACGCGCCCAAGUUCUUCAAGCUGGGGCAGGAGUUCACCAUGCUGUGCACGGUCUCGGAGAAGGGGAGAAUGAGGGUGUUCAAGGACGGACUGCUCGUCGGCGAGAACGCCAAGGGGCACUGCCCGCUGCCCACCGACAGGCCACACCUGACCGUGGGGAGCCACUACCAGUUCCGCGGGCAGCACCUCCGCGGGACCAUCCGCAACGUGAAGGUCUGGGACUGCGAGGUCUCGUGGCCGGCCGCCGAGAGGGUGAAGUCGCAGGCGAAGGCGGCGUGGAGCGCCUGCGGAGCGCGCAGGCGGCCGCGCUCGCUUCCCUCCGGCUCCCCGGCAGAGCUGCCGUCGGAGACCUGACGGCUGCGCAGAAGGUCGGCGCGCGCAACUUUGCUGGCAUCAUGGUGGCCUACGGCGUCGCCUGCGCUGCAGUUGGCACCGCGUGCGUAUCCGGGCCGGGCUUCGACCGAGUGGGCAAGCCCAUGUUUCACGCAGGUCUGCUGUGCCUCGCCGUCUCGCUCCUCUGCGCCGCGCUGGCGCUCACGGGUGCCCCGGCUCUUUCGGGGGACGGUCAGCGGCGUGCUGCGCGCUCCUGCUGCGCGGCUCGCGAGCCUCAGUCGGCGGCGAGCGAGGAUCCUCGACUCUCCAUGAUCCUGUCCUCCUCCUCCUCCUCCUCCUUCCUCCUCCUCCCCUCCUCCUCCUC